UGGCAUGUACCCAGUGUCCUCAGAAGGGGUCUGACACUCCUCCAGACAAGCUGCACUUGCCCUUGAAGGCUGUGAAGACCCGGACCAGGUCUGAAACAGCAUCUGCCGUAGUGCCAUCAUGGGAGACAUUUUGGGACAGUUCUUCAUUUUUGUAGGGCUGCUGGUGUGCCUGGUUUACCUGGCGAAGUGUGUGCGAUUCUGCAAAUGUAUUUUCCUGAACUUCUGGAGAGUUUCGCCAAGGUCUUUCUUGAUGUCAAUGGGACAGUGGGCAGUGAUCACUGGAGCCGGAGAUGGGAUUGGGAAAGCUUAUUCAUUCGAGUUAGCAAGACAGGGACUCAACGUCGUGCUUAUCAGCCGGACACUGGAAAAACUACAGACCAUUGCUGCGGAGAUUGAGUGGACGAUAGGGACUAGCGUCAAGAUUAUACAAGCAGAUUUUACUAAAGAUGACAUCUAUGAAGAUAUUAAAGAAAAACUUAAAGGCUUAGAAAUUGGAAUUUUAGUCAACAACGUUGGGAUGCUUCCAAACCUUCUCCCAAGCCAUUUCCUUAACACACCAGAUAACAUCCAGAGUGUCAUCCACUGUAACAUCACCUCGGUUGUGAAGAUGACACAGCUGAUUCUGAAACACAUGGAAUCAAGGCAGAAAGGUCUCAUCUUGAACAUAUCUUCUGGGGUGGCCCUCUUUCCCUGGCCUCUGUACUCCAUGUAUUCGUCUUCCAAGGCUUUUGUGUGCACGUUCUCCAAGGCACUGCAAGCAGAAUAUGAAGCGAAAGGAAUCAUUAUCCAGGUGCUGACCCCACAUGCUGUUUCAACCCAAAUGACCAACUAUCUAAACACCAACAUGAUAACCAAGACUGCUGAUGAGUUUGUUAAAGAAUCAUUGAAGUAUGUCACGAUUGGAGAUGAAACCUGUGGCUGCCUCGCCCAUGAAAUCUUGGCGAUCAUUCUGAGCCUGAUCCCAUCACGGGUCUUCUACAGCAGCACGUUUCAGAAGAUGGUCCUGACACACUAUGUGAAAUAUCUCAAGCAGAACUUCAACCUCAGAUAGGCUGGGGGCGCUGAUGUGCCUUCCAGCAUUGCUUUCUUCCCCAAGCACCACUGGCUGCCAAGGACCAAGGAACAGACCAGUACCAUCACCUUCCUGAAGCUGGAGGAGCCCCUGUCACUGAUGUAAUACCUAGCAUUAAACUUGGUUUUUUUUU